UAAAGCGGGUACAUGAACUGUUAACUUAUUUUACAUAUAUUUCCAUGCUCUGCAUCUAGCACCAUUCUUGCCUCUACUGUUGAGCUUAUGUCAAGUGUUCUAAUUUAAACUGGAAUGCUUAGAAGAAUACAAAAUACUUUUCCAAGCAGUGAUUAUUGGAUUAUUUAAGUAUCUUAGAGAACAUAAUUGCUUAGAGUGUGAAGAAGACCUUUAUCCGGGUGCUAUUUUUCUUGGUUUUACCUGUGAGUCAGUGUGCUCUGUUAUGUGUAAGUAGUGUCAUGGUGUGGUUCAGAAACCUUUUGGUUGGUACUUGGUAAUGCAAGAGGAUAAUAUUCUGCUCCAAAGCUUGCUGAAAUUGAAAUGUUCCCCUAUUGUAUGCAAAUAGCUGAUGAGUAGCAUUUCUUCUUUGAUGCCUUACCUUUUUAUGAAAGCUUAGUUGGAUCACCUCCAGCACGGACAGAUAGACAGACACUAGUUUUGUGAUGCUUGUCUGCUGUCAAGUGUUCAGUUUGUGAUAAAAUGGGUGAUGCUUUUAUUUUGGGCUAUUUGUUGGUGAAUUGAGGUGCUAAUCUCUCUGACGCUGAUCUUAGAAACGCCGACUUCUCACCAUGAAAGAGACGCCUGUUCUGGACUCCGAACGCCACAUGCUGCUACGCAAAUAGUUCACUGGUUUGCAGGAGAAGAUGAGCCAUGAUCUGGAGAGGCCUUCACCUGCAACGUCUGCGGGCAGUGCACCACGCGCGUCAUCAACCCGCAUGCCUACACCGACGGCACUGUGUUCGUUCAGCAGCGCCGAGUUGCUGGAGCAGAUGGUGGGAUUCGGCAGCCUCGUGCCCAAGACCAAGAACCUAGUGGUGGGCGGCGGGCUGACAGGGUUCGUCUUCGGGGUUUACUACUACACCAUGAGAGCUGUCGGCAACACUGAUGAGCUGCAGGUCGCCAUCGACAAGUUCGAAGACCUGAAGAAGAGGGACAAUGCGGCCACCCCUGCCGCAAACCCCUCCACCCCAGGCUCAUCAUGUUGGCCUUCAUUCAUGUUUCGUCGCGAUGUCCAGGACGAAGAAGUGAGGAGAAGCACAAAGUUCUUGAUCAUUGAAGCUAGUUUUUUUUAGUUGUGUUACGUGAUGUGGACUAGUUUUUAUUGUAAACCUGAUGCGAACCAUGUUUGAUUGCAAUGUGCCAAGUUUGGAUAUGUUUGAUUGUAUUCAUGAUGUGAUAGAGGUUCAAGUUAUAAUGGUUGUUUGACAUA